ACUUUUUAAUCUUUACACUUUUUUCUCAGUAUCGGGAAUUGUCAAUUCCUCUCCUUUUCCUCCACCCACCCUUUCUAUCCCUAACCGUAACUGGCUCGCCUUGUGCAGAUAUCCACAUAUAUGCCAGACUAUCCAACAGUAAAGAAUCCGUUACUGCCUGCAUCCCCACCGUCAUCUCGACGACUAGGUGCGGGUCCAACAUCCACGUCACUUGCAAUCAAAGGCAAAGGCCUCUCAUCAGCAUCGUUCAGGAACUUUUUCAGCAGAUCAUUUUAUCAGCUCUCUACGGCUGGGACGCAGAUAAGACUAGGCGCACCUACGCAUAAACGAAUUGGGCCCUCAUCAUCGUUUACCGAAACAAAGCGAUCAUUGACGGGAUUAUCAAAGAAGUAUUCACAUACGGUAGCUAAAGGAGCAUCGUCAGAUCCAGUGGUGCAUUAUAAUGGACCGUGUGAUACCUUGGAUCAACUACCCGGCGAAAAGCUGGCAUGGAUCAAAAGAGAGCCAGUAUCGGCAGAAGGCUUACGCCAUCCAUUGUUGGACUGCUCUGGAUCAAUUGUACUUCGCAAGCCUGUGACACGAAGUCAAACUUUUCCUUUAGUUCAACAGCCAAUUAGUGUUGCUGCUCCCAAAGCAGCAUUCUAUCUUCGAGUCAUUCAAAUUGUCAGUCAAAACGCGACCAAACCAUGCUAUUUGCGAUGCUCUGUUCAAGUGGAUAAUUGCAUCUGCACCGGUGGCCCUGUUGCAGCCGAAAAAUGCGGUAAACACAACAUUCAAGCCGAUGUCGAUGAAACGUUCAUAUUUGAUAUUGAUCAGCCUACUUCCGCCACACUUAAAGUGUUUACCCAACCAAAGCCGUCCAUAUUCAGCACUCGCACACAUUUACAAGGAGAAACAUGUCUUGGAAAAGAAGAAUUCAGGUUAUAUGUACAACCAUGUGACAAGGUCCUUCGACGGAUUACGCUUGGAUCUACACCUGCAUGCCAAAUUUUAGUGAUAUAUGGUACCUAUAUGAGCAAUGGUGCGCAAGUAUUGCUCGACAACAAAUGCAUUUACGCCGGAUUUAUCACUGUGUAUAUUCGUGGACGUGCUACACCCAAAUGGGAGCGCUUCUGGGCCGCUUUGCAUGGCACUAGACUGUUACUUUACGACUUUGAAUUCAGAGACACACGGCCUCCCUUGUAUGAAAUACCGUUGGAUUAUUUUGUUCACGUGUCGCAUCCGCCCACAGACGACGAUGAGCGCCAAGUUGACGUCGGCUCACUUGGCUUGGCACUGCAGUUUACCGAAAGGGCAUUAAAUAGGCACGAUCUCCGCUACCUGGAAGAAACGACAUUGUUCGAAUGUCGAAUGUAUGUCCUGCCCGAUAGUAUGAGCACCUCGCGCGACUGGGAGCAAGCGUUCGCCUACAUUGCCAACCUUCUUAAUCACUACCGUGAUAUGGAAAGCGGGAGCAUGUCGUCGUUGUCUUACACAACUGCCAGCAGCCUUGGUCUUGAUGGUAGUGGAUUCUAUAGUAGUUUUGAUGAAAGUAUCUCGGAAUCUGAAGACGCAUUCGAAUCAAGCACCGUUCCUUCAAAAUUCAUGUGGUGAUCAAGCCUCUUGGUUCUUGCCUUUUAUGUUUUCUAUGCAUUAUCUAUCUAUCUCUAUAUUUAAAACCGCACAUAUCCUAAUAGUGAACUACAAAACCCGUACUCUAAUCUCCACUGGCUCAUUAUUAUAUGAUAUUGCAUUCAUACUCUUAUGAAUAAUAAAAUAAUUAGUCAUUUG